UGAUUUUGUAGCGGGUAUGCGUUAGUAUUUGGUGCGUAUAGAGUAUUGGUCGAUGAUGACAAACAGCAAAACACGCAAAAUAAAGAAUCAAAAAAGCGCAGAAAGAUAAACCGUAGUGUAUGUGCAAUAAAUACAGAGAAUCGAAUGAAAAGAGAGAAAGAAGAAAAAAACAAAGCGAAACACAACACACAACUCAAAAGUAAACGCAAAGUGAGAACAUCCAAGUCAUUGUGAGCGAGAACGAGACGAAAUAAAAAAAAGAGUGUGUACACAAAUACACAGCAUCAUAAGAAACGAAUAUACAGUAUCGUGCAUUGCAAUAUAAUAUUGCCGCACAGCACACCAGUUUCGAGUGAACAGCAACAGAAAACAGCAGAACAAACGUCGUUGAAUCGGUGUGUAGUAAAGUGGAUGAUUUAUCAAUAAACAAUUUUUUUUGUAUUCUCUGAGUUCGCUAGUUUUGAAUAUGUUUGAAAUUUAAGUUCGGCACGUAUCGUAAUCAACGGUUCCAUCAAAUACACCAAACCAAAAAAAGUGAUUCUAAAUUGUUCUGAGAAACGGACAAUAUACGAACAAUAGAAGAAAAAUAGCCACCGAGAGAUAGGAAAAGAAACGGUCAAGAGAAGAAACGAAGAACAUACAUUUAAAAUGCAAAUGAAUGGAUUAUUAUUAUCAUCAACGGUUGCAGCAUGUUCAAUGAAAUGACAGUAAAACCAACAACAAUAGCAAAAUACAAAGUGAUUUUAUGUGCGUGAUCGUUAUAUGAUAUACAAAAAAGAAAAAGAAAACACAGACGAGUAACGUGAAAGAGAGAAAGAGAGUGAGUGAGAAAACAAAACACCGGAAGUAAGUUGGGUGAUUUUGGAAUAUUGAAUGUGAUUCAUGCGAACGCGUUAAAAUUAUUAUUGAUGCCAAGUGCGAAUCGAGUCUGGAUUACGCUGAGUAAAUAAAGUGCGAAAAUCAUUCGAUUGCUAAAUCAAAUUCAGGCAAUUUUGAAAAUUGCAAAACGCCACACAACGAUUACGAGCCACACCGAUACACACCGCAUUUGAUCGGCUCAAAACGAAACGAAUAGCAGCACACAGCCAACGACGACAAGGUAGGCAAGAGAAGCUACACUUGAAAUUUAGCAGAGCGUGGAUGUGCAUGCAGCGAAGAAAAUCGCAAAGCCGCAUAAAAAUAACGAGAGAAAAAAAAACACAAAACAAUAAUAAUAAAGUUUUUUACAAAUACUCAAAUAAAGCAGAUUUAUCAUCGCUAAAUUGGCGUAGUGUGAUUUAAAUAGCAUAGCCAGAGUUACUGUGUGUAGAAAGAAACAGGACAACAACGAAACAUCCACCACCCAUCACUACUGAACCACAAAAAAAAACAAAUCGAAUAACAGAUACGACAAAUCGACUGCAGAUAAAAGAGAAACAAACAAAAUGGGAAAACUACUGAGCUUGCUGGCACGUGAUGAUUCAAAUUGUUGUACACCGAAGAACUAUGAUGUCUUUCUGGAUUUCGAGAAUGCCGCACCAACAGAAACAGAACGUGAAAUUUAUGAUGAGGUGGAACGAGUGUUACGCGAAUCGGAAAAUGUAUUAGAGGAAAUUCAAUGCUAUAAGGGAGCGGGUAAGGAGAUACGCGAAGCGAUAGCUGAUCCACAGCAACAGUACCAAGAGAAAGCAUGGAAUGCGGUUCUACCAUUGGUCAGCAAACUGAGGAGAUGCUAUGAACAUUCACUGGAAUUGGAACGUGUUGUACCGCGAUUGUUGUCUCAGCUAGUUGGCGGACGACUCAAUCCAACACAGCAUCUAGAAACACAACAAGCCUUAGUCAAACAAUUAGCUGAAAUUCUUGAAUUUGUAUUGAAAUUCGAUGAAUUUAAGAUGAAGACGCCGGCUAUUCAAAAUGAUUUCAGCUACUAUCGACGAACGGUGAGCCGACAACGUAUCGAAAACACUAGUCAAAUGUUGGUCAGCACCGAAUUGGCGAAUCGAAUGUCAUUAUUUUAUGCGCAUGCAACGCCUAUGUUAAAGGUGCUGAGCGAAGCAACUAGUAAAUUUGUUAGUGAUAAUGCUAAUGAUGUUGAUAAUACAACCGAAACUCUAGGAACAAUGGCCAAAGUUUGCUUAAGAAUGCUAGAAAAUCCCAAAUUAUUGUCACAGAUUGAGCGUGAAGAGACGCAUUUGCUGGUGUUGCGAGUGAUGGUAGGUUUGGUCAUUUUAUAUGAUCAUGUUCAUCCAGUCGGUGCUUUUGUACGUGGUUCACACAUCGAUGUCAAAGGCUGCGUUCGUUUGUUGCAAGCACAACCUGCCGUCAAAGCAGAACCACUGUUGAAUGCAUUACGAUACACGACCAAACAUUUGAACGAAGAAAAUACGUAUACCAGAAAAAUCGCCAGAUUGAUACGUCUGGAAUAAACUUUAUUGCUAACCACACUUACUUUAUUCAGAUCCAUAGUUUUGGAGUUCGAAUUGGCCGCCAUGUUUUAUUGCAAUUCCAAUUGAAUUAUUUAUUUUUCUCCUCAAAAAUGUAAAUGAAAUCCAACAUUCGAAAUCUAUUGGCCGCAUAAUAAAUUGACAAUGCAUAUGCACUGCCACCCCAUACACAUAUUUUCACAAAAACACAUAAUUACUUAUAUUUGUCACAAAUUGAACUUAUAUCAUAAUAUGUUUUUCACACACACACACAUACAUAAACAACAACAAAAAAAAAACAAAAUAGAUCACACACAAAAUUUCCGACAUGACGUUGAUUCAUUGAACAUUGAAAAGAAUAAUGAGCAUGUGGACUGAACCACAUUUUGAUAUUGGAAUCAAAUCCAUACACCAAAUAUAGUAUAUAAUUUAAAUGGGAAUUUGUAGCACGGAGCAAAGUAUGAUCAUUUCUCUCGACGACUUUAAAUUGAGUUCCUAUGCGAAACAGCACGGCGCUGAGAAAUUCCUUUACUCCACGUGGGCGCAACGAAAUAACAUACAUAAAAUGGAAACAUGAACAAAAUACAUACAUACAUAUUUUUUAUUAACACCUUUUUUUCCUGUUUCUCCGUUUUUUUUUUCUUCUUUUUGUAAUUUUUACAUUUAUAAACUGUAUCAUACUAUAAUGUAUUAUGGAAAUUGAAUAUAUCCACUUUUCAUCUGAACUAAUUUCAAUGAAAUGAAACAAAAACACACAAAUCAACGAUCGAAUCGUAAAGGUCAACAUGUUGUUCCUCUUUCGAUCCAUACUGUUUAAUUGAUAUGUUAAUUAUUAUUUCAGAUAAAUUAAAAUAAUAUAUCUAUGUAUUACCAAUUAAAAGAAAAUGUGUAAUUAAUGCAAACCAACACAAAACACACAUAUUUAGUUUAAAUUGUAAGUUAUAAAUUAGUGAAAAUACCAUUGUCGACACACCGCGCGGACUUUGUAUAAAUAAUAUUUUAUAGCCAAAUUGUAAUGUUAGUUAAAUACAAAAAAAAAUUAAGAACAAAACAAUGAUCAACCGUCGAUCAAAAUGUUAUGGCACGACUUAGUAUUUUAUUAUCAAAUUUGAUGGAUCUUUUCAAAGCUUAAUGAUGGAUACUUUAUUGAUUUCAAAAAAAUUGGAGAUUUCUUCGAGAUGAAAAAUCGCAGGUUUCUUAACGAAUAAAAUUUUCCAAUUGGUUUAGAAACUAAUAAAAAAACUUUAAAAAUUUCAUUAAAAAAAUUAAACGUAUAAAACUGAACAUUUUCAAAUUUUUCUGUUUUUUUUUUUAAUGAAAUUUUCAAUGCAAUUUAAAAUAUAAAUGUUGAGCCAAAGCUUAUGCAAUUGUAAAUUCUGGGUCUCUGUCGUCUUGAUUGCUUUUGAGAAAAAACGCCAAAUAGUAUGAACACCGAUAGACGUGCCGUAACUUUUUGUCGUUGGUAUAAGCUUAUUCAAUUUUGAGCCACCUUUCAAGGAAUCUAAUAAAUGUCUAAUGUCAAAUUUAUUCCUCACCGCUUCAAAUCCAGGCAACAAAAAAAAAAAAA